AUGUGUGUGAUGAAUGCAGAAGCACGCUUUCCAAAAAAUUAUCUGUUGACAAAUUUUCAAAUUUUUAAAAAGCAAAAAAAAAUGACCAAACAUCUUGACGAUCUGGUCAAACGACAGCUAAAAAAACAACGUAAAUUAAAAUUAAAAAAUAAAAGAAAAUUUGACCUAUGUGAACAGCCCGAAGAACAGGAACAGUCAGCCGAAGAAAUAGUUCAAAAUGAAAUUGAAGACAAGGAAAAAUGUCAUUCGGAUGGUGAACAUUCACCGGCCAAAAGAUUAAAAACCGACCAACAGGAUGAUUGUCCAACAUUGGUGGAUACAUCGAAAACGGCAAUCGUUAAAUCAUUAUUAUCAAAUUCAACAUUCAAAGAUUUGGCCGAUAAGGUAUCAGAAAAAACAUUGAAAGCUAUUGAUGAAAUGGGAUUCACUCAUAUGACUGAAAUUCAAUCGAAAGCUGUACCACAUUUAUUAGAGGGAAAAGAUCUAGUUGGAUCGGCUAAAACGGGUAGCGGUAAAACCUUGGCAUUCCUUAUACCGGCCAUUGAAUUGAUGUAUAAAUUAAAAUUUAUGCCACGAAAUGGUGUCGGUGUCAUAAUCAUAUCGCCUACACGUGAAUUAGCUAUGCAAACAUAUAGUGUUUUAGAAUCCCUAAUGCGUUAUCAUAAUCAAACAUAUGGCCUUAUUAUGGGCGGUGUGAAUCGAUCAUCGGAAGCAAAUCGUCUAACCAAAGGUAUUAACAUAUUGAUUGCAACACCAGGACGAUUGUUGGAUCAUCUACAGAAUACCAAAUAUUUUCUUUAUAAAAAUCUUCAAUGUCUUAUCAUUGAUGAAGCUGAUCGUUUAUUGGAUAUCGGUUUCGAAGAUGAAAUGCGUGCCAUUAUAAAACUGUUGCCACAACAACAACGUCGUCAAACUAUGUUAUUCAGUGCAACAUUAUCGAAAAAAACUGAUGAUCUUAUUACAUUAGCAUUGAAAAAAGAACCAUUAUACAUUGGCCUAGAUCCACAGCCACAAGAAAUGGCUACUGUCGAUGGACUACAACAAGGUUUCGUUAUGAUCACCAAUGAUAAACGAUUACCAUUAUUGUUUACAUUUUUGAAAAAGAAUCGUAACAAAAAAUGUAUGGUAUUCUUUAGUUCAUGUAUGUCGGUAAAAUUUCAUCAUGAAUUAUUCAAUUAUAUCGAUAUACCAGUCAUGUCGAUUCAUGGCAAACAAAAACAAAAUAAACGUACGACAACAUUUUUUCAAUUUUGUAAUGUACAAACAGGUACAUUAUUCUGUACGGAUGUUGCUGCACGUGGUCUUGAUAUACCGAAAGUUGAUUGGAUCAUACAAUAUGAUCCACCAGAUGAUCCAAAAGAAUAUAUUCAUCGUGUUGGUCGUACGGCACGUGGUAUUGAAUCUCAUGGUAAUGCAUUAUUAUUCUUGAAUCCAGAAGAACGUGGUUUUCUACAAUAUCUACGUGAUGCUAAAAUACCAUUAGUUGAAUAUGAAUUUGCAUGGAAUAAAAUUCUAAAUGUACAACCACAGAUUGAAAAAUUAAUUUCACGAAAUUAUUUCCUAAACAUGUCUGCGAAAGAAGCAUAUAAAUCCUAUGUUCGAGCAUAUGAUUCACAUUCAUUGAAGAAUAUUUAUGAUAUUAAUAAAUUAGAUUUGUUGGCAGUUGCUAAAUCAUUUGGCUUUGAACAUCCACCAUUUGUUGAUCUUCCCGUAUCGAAUCAUCGUGCCGGAAAAUCUGAACGUAAAGCUCGACGACGACCAAUAAGUAAUGGUGGUGGUGGUGGUGGUGGAAGUAAUUAUAUAUCGACACCAUUUUCGGUGAAUAAAAAGAAAGCAGAAAAAACAAUCAUUUAUAAAGCAGUACCAUUACGAAAAGAUAAUAGACAAUUUGUUUGAUUUUUUAAAAAUUUUCAUUUUAUUUUUUUGAUUUUUUGAUUUGUUGUAAAAAAAACCAACUAAAUAAAACCAAUAACCAACGUUUUUAUCUCA